AAAAUAGUUGACAAUUAAUUUAAUAAUCAAUUAUUGUUCAAUUAAUGGAAUAAUUGUUGCAGCUCUAAAAUACUCUUUCUGGUGGUUUCCACUGCAUGUUUCAUAUCAGGGACUAGUUCUGCAUUGUGACUUUGACAGUGCAGAGUGUUGCAUCUUUAUUGCAUCUUUAGAAUUACAGGUAAGUUUUCAAACAAUGUUGCAAAACUGAACGGGAUUAAAAGGUGAUUUGAGUGAAUCAUGCAAGACUUUCUUCUCCAAGGCUGACACUGUUUCUUGUUUUGCUCUGCCUCUGAGCAUACUGCCCACAGAUUUACUUUGCAUUGAUACAAGUCACUGGAGACCUCUGUAAAGCCAUAGUCACUUAUGUAUACAAUGCCAGACUCGUGAAGAUGCUCUUCCCACAAACCAAGAUAGUGAAGAUGAAGCUCAGCGUGCCACUUCUACUCCUGGUCCUGCUCUCUGUCGCAGGGCUGAGCCAAGCUCAGGUCAAGACCUCUCUCCUGGAUUUCCCCAACAGCAUCUGGGGCUUCAUUCCAAGUAUCAGUCGACCAGCAAAUCACAGCCGCAUCUUCUAUGCAGUGAUGUUUGAUGCAGGGAGCACAGGGACACGCAUCCAUGUCUACACCUUCAUCCAGAGUAACUCAGAGGAGCUGCCUGUUUUGGACAAUGAGAUGUUCCAUUCCAUAAAGCCUGGUUUGUCAGCAUAUGCUGAGUCCCCUGAAAUGGCUGGACACACAGUGAGGAUGUUGCUGAAGGUGGCAAAGAAGACUGUGCCUCGUCUGGAGUGGAAGAGAACCCCAUUGAUUCUCAGAGCCACAGCUGGACUUCGACUGCUGGCUGUAGAGAAAGCCCAGGCUCUUUUGGUUCAGGUUCAACAUGUGUUUGAUGAAUCUCCUUUUCUGGUCCCAGACAACAGCGUCAGCAUAAUGAACGGCACAAAUGAAGGAAUCCUGGCUUGGGUGUCUGUGAAUUACCUGACAGGUCACCUAAAUGCACAAACCAAGAAGACGGUGGGAAUCUUGGAUCUGGGAGGAGGAUCCACACAGAUCACUUUCCUGCCAAAACUGAGGAAAACCAUCGAAAGCGUUCCUGUUGCUGAUUACGUUGCUAGAUUUGACAUCUCCAACACAACAUUUGAAUUGUACACUUACAGUUACCUUGGAAAUGGACUGAUGGCAGCGCGGCUGGCCACACUGGGCGCUUUGGGUGCAGAAGGGUUGGAGUGGCGGGUUUUUAAAAGUUCCUGUCUGCCAAAGAAGUUCAGGGAUGAAUGGAGCUUUGGAGGGCUGACGUAUCAAGUGAGCGGGGACCCAGAUGGUUAUGCAGGAUACAAGCUUUGUUAUCAGGAAGUACUUAAGGUGGUGAAGGGGAUUAUUCAUCAGCCCUAUGAGCUCCAAGACAGCAAUGUAUUCUACGCAUUCUCCUAUUACUUUGACAGAGCUGUGGAUGCAGGCCUUAUCGAUGGUGUCCACGGAGGGAUGCUGGAGGUCAGAGAUUUUAAGAGGAGAGCUAAAGAGGUGUGCAAUAAGAUGACCAAGUACCCUCCCAUCAGUUCUUUCCUGUGUAUGGACAUGACUUACAUCACUUGUCUGCUCAAGGAUGGCUUCGGCUUCAAGGACAGCACUGUGCUGCAGUUGACCAAGAAAGUGAACAACGUGGAGGCAAGCUGGGCUUUGGGCGCCACGUUGGACCACUUCCACAACCUGAAGAUCCACUAAGGAGAAGGGAGGAACAAACACUGCUGAUUUAGGUGGUGCUCAAUAACAAACAAGGGUAAUGUGCACUACCUUAUCUAAUGGCCCCAGACAUCUGCAGAGGGUUUUGUAAGGGCAGAACUAACCUCAUGAGUAAUUUAUUUUAAAAAGCAGUUAUUCUCAAGUGUUAAUAUAUUGAGCUGUAAAUGAGCAAUGUGUUGCCUUACUCAGAACAAGUGAAGCACUGGAGGUUGACAUUUGAGUGCAAGUUGUUAAUAACACACUCAGUUAAUGCAGAUUUGGGCAUUACUGGGUACACCAUUUGUUAAAGUUGUUUUUUUUCUUGGCUGAUAAACAGGUCACCCUGGCUUGUUUGGCUGGUUUUCCUGUUUACUUGCAGUAAUGUGAUGAACUGUGCUUGGGUACUUUUUAAUGUCAUGUUUCUUUGAAUUAUUAAUAAGAAUAAUGGCUUAUACGAGUGUCUUGUACAUUUAAAUUUGACAGUCGAUCAUAUCAGCCAUUGGAGUUUUAAAGAUAAGUGGGACUCAUUUUCUGUUAGAGAAUAUUAUAACUGCAUUUCAACCACAGAUUGCUGUUUACAACAAUAAUGGUCAUUAUAUUUUCAUAAACUUUCUAAACCCGUCUCAGUAUUUCUUUGGGAGUAUUUGUUUUCAAAAACUUGAGGAAAAAAGGUUGUUUGUACAAACUUUGCCGUUUCACGCUUGUCAAAAUAAAAGCAUGAUCAGUUGCUAAUUACAAGUAUCUACAGG